UGUGGGGGAAAGAGACUGACGGAGGGUGUUGGAUACUCAUCAGGAAUUCCCCUUAAAAGGGGCAGAGUUUCACCCAGCUCAUUCGUGAAUCCAAAGUGAAAUUGAAAGGAGGAGCUGAGAGCCUUGCAUCCCGCUGGUAGGUGGCUGUGCCCAAGGAGCAUCCCGGCAGAAGCGACUCGCGGCGUUGGCCAGAAAGACCAGUGCUGGGCAUUUCAGGUUCAGAAGCUACAAAUCCAGACCAAGAUUUUGUUUCUACCACAGGGUUGAAUACUCUGUGACUGUGGCUCUUAAUGCUCAACUGGUUUGUAGAAACAAAAUCUUGGUCUGAAUUUGUAUCUUCUGAACUUGAAAUGCACAACACUGAGAACGACCCCAUGUUUUCGCAUUGUGGGGUGGAAGGAUGCAUGACUCAGGCCUCAGAUGGGGGGGGGGGCUCUCUCAUGCCUAAUGAUGAGUAAAGGCUGGCUGUAAAUAUAAAAGUUGCUUUUUUUAUUUAAAACAUUGGAUUUAUUUAUUUAGAUUUGUCUGCCGCAGUGGUGCAAUAGAGAGUUUGGAGGGUGAAUAUUCCGGUGCUGAAGGGAAGCCGGUCAUAGAGCCAUAGUGAGAGUGAAGAGGGAAGAAUAUAAUGUUUUUGGGGUGAGGGGCAGCGAUAAUAUUUAUGAAGAAUAUAAGCAUGAGCAAGAAAAGCUGAGGAUUCUACGAUGGCUGUGAAUGUCUCUAUGUGAGUGUGUGUAAGUGCGUGAGCUGCCUGUGAGUCUGAGCAGGAGCCAGGAAAAGGGGAAGGGCCUUGCUGACAAAAACAGCUGCCUGAGAGAGCGCUGGGGAGCAGAAAGCGGGGGGAUCGCGAGGGAGAGGGAGCCCAGCGAGCCCCAGUCAGCCCCAGCCAGCCAGCAAGCGAGCCAGUCAGGCAGCCAAGGGCGCACAGCCUCUCGUCCUCUAUGGGUUGUGCCCUGAGCACGGACUGCUGCGAGGACGAGGCGGUUGCCGUGACGCCCAAGGGGCCGCCAAAGCGGGGGGGACUGGAGCAGACGGACAGCAAGAUGCGGCUGACCAAGGUGGGAAAGGGGGAGGCGCAUGUCUUCAAAGAGAAGACAUUCAAGAAGAAACGCCAGUGUGGGGUAUGCAGGCAGACCAUCGACAGCCUGGGCUCCUUCUGCAGAGUGUGCAAAACAGCCACUCACAAGAAAUGUGAAGUUAAGGUGACCUCCUCCUGCAUCCCUGCUCCCACCUCUGACCUGCAGAGGAGAGGAACCGCUCCUUCCAGGCACAUCCAGCACCUGGGCUCUACAAAGUCUCUGACCUACACCAAACAGCGAAGUACCCUUCCCAGGAGCUUCAGCGUGGACCGUGUGAUGGAUCGCGUCAUGGAGAGGCACUACGACUUCGACCUGACCUACAUCACUGAGAGGAUCAUCUCAGUGUUCUUUCCCCCUCUGCUGGAGGAACAGCGGUACCGGGCCAACCUGAAGGAGGUGGCUGCCAUGCUGAAGUCCAAGCAUCAGGACAAGUUUCUGCUCCUCAACUUGUCCGAGCGACGGCACGACAUCACGCGGCUCAAUCCGAAGGUCCAUGAUUUUGGCUGGCCUGACCUUCAUGCCCCUCCCUUGGACAAAAUCUGUGCUAUGUGCAAAGCCAUGGAGACCUGGCUGACCUCCGACCCCCAGCAUGUGGUUGUCCUGCACUGCAAGGGGAACAAGGGCAAGACGGGUGUGAUCAUCGCGGCUUACAUGCACUACAGCAAGAUCUCUGCCGGAGCUGACCAAGCAUUAAGCACACUGGCCAUGAGGAAGUUCUGUGAGGACAAGGUGUCACCCUCGCUGCAGCCAUCCCAGAAUAGGUAUAUCUACUACUUUGGGGGACUUCUGUCUGGGGCCAUUAAGAUGAACAGCAGCCCUCUGUUCCUGCACCAGGUCCUUAUCCCCACCUUGCCCAACUUCCAGGCUGGAGGAGGUUACUUCCCCUUCCUCAAGAUCUAUCAGUCCAUGCAGCUGGUCUACACCUCAGGGAUCUACGACCUACAGGGUUCUGGAGGUCGGAGGCUGUGCGUGACCAUCGAGCCGGCACUGCUGCUGAAAGGCGACAUUAUGGUGAAGUGCUACCACCGUCAUUCCCACGGAGCCGAGAGGGAAACUGUUUUCCGGCUGCAGUUCCACACCUGCACCAUCCAUGGAGCUCAGCUGUGGUUUGGCAAGGGGGAGCUGGACAAAGCCUGCACUGAUGACAGAUUUCCCCCUGAUGCUACCGUGGAGUUUGUGUUCUCCUCUGGACCUGAGAAGAUCAAAGGCCGAGAAUACCAGCGAAAUGACCCUGCGGUCACUGUGGACUACAACACGAAUGACCCUGUGGUCCGCUGGGACUCGUACGAGAACCUGAACCAGCACCACCAGGACAGCCUAGAAGACAUCGGGCACACUCGUGGACCCCUGGACGGCAGCCUUUAUGCCCAGGUGAAGAAGCGCAGGGGCCCAGGCUCAGGCUCACUGACCUCCACCAACGGGAGCCCCCUGGGCAUUAGCGAGGAGAAGCACAGCCAGCUGCUGUCCCUCAGCUCUGACUCCGGCCGCUCGACCGCCCCUACGGAGCAUCUGGACGAGCUGGCACGGGCCCCUCCCCCCACACGGCAGGAGCGUGAGGAGCUCGACCGCCUGCUGGGGGGCAUUGAGAGUGGCCGGGAGCGGGAGCGGGAGACUGCCAUCUUGGACGACGGAGAUACCCCCCCAGCAACGGUGGCGCCCAUGCGGCUGGGCCGCUCCUGCUCCUGCCGCGUGGGCUACCGCUCCCAGCGCUGCCCUGAACCCAGCUGUCAGAGGCCCCUGCCUUUAGCCAAUGGCUGCUGCCUGGAGCGCACCAGCAUGUCCAAUGGGCAUCCGUCCCACCCUGGCUCCUCUUCCCUGGCUGGAAUGGCCCCACCUCUGUUGGAGGUGUACCAGCACCACAACAGCCAUUCUCAUCAAGUGCUGCCCCCUCCUGACCUGCUGUGGGAGCGCCCGCCAGGUCCCCCACACUAUCUGCACCGGCCAUUCCCCGAGGGCCUUGCCCGGCACCUGUGCCCCUACCCGGUGCAGGACCUGCCCCCCCAUAGCCACACCCUCCCUCCUCCUGGCCGGCUGCUAUGCCGGGGUGAUGACUUUGGGCCAUACCCCCCAGGGGCUGCCAGUCCCUACCGUGAGCUGCUCAUGCUGGACCCCGUGCCUUCCCCAGGAUGCCCAUGCCGGGACUGCUGCUGCCGUAGGGACGAGUCUGCGGCCGGCGUCAGCGCCUUCCACACACUGCCCUGGGGGCGGGAGGCAGAGCUGCACAGGGAGGUGGGGCUGCACAGAGAGGCGGGGUUGAGGCGGGCCCGGGAGGUGCCACUGCACUGGGACCGGGAGGCAGAGAUCCAGUGGGAGCGUGACAGAGAGGCCGAAUACUGGCACCGCAGGUCUGCCAUGCCCCCUUACGGCCCUCGGCACUCGCCCCAAGGCCACGACCUGCAAGCUUUCACCUUCGACCCGUUGCCUUCAGGCCACCCCGCCUACCCCGAGUCCUCUCGCUCCCAUGGCCACCCCCAUGGCCAUGGCCACACCCACCCAGAGCUGAAGUACAGCAGCAGCAGCAGUGGGUAUCAGACCCCCCGCCAGGCCUGCCCCUGCUCUCCCUACCAGCCGUCCCCCUCCGAGAGCCGGGGCUACGCUUCCGGCUACCAGUCAGAGUCCACCUCGCCGUUGCCCCCGCCCACAGCGAGCAUCUCCACCUGCUCCCACAGCACCACUUCCCCCAACGGCCCCCCAGAAAGGCAGACAGUGGAGGCCCCAGGAGGCAUGGUGGAUGGCCUGGUCUGGCGGGACCACAUUUCUCAGGGUUCCCUGAGGCGACCGCACCGAGAGCCGCCAGCUGUUUGCUCCAUGACCUCUGACCUCUCUGAGGCACCUACCCCUGUCCACACAAGCAGUCCUUUGUGCAUACAGCAGAGCCCCAACCUCAGGGAGACAGAUCUGUGUGUGACAGAGGACAGUGCCACUCCUGUGCCGUCCCAAUGCCAACAUGGGACAGUGGCUCCCCCUCAAGUAUCCCCUGGCCCUCCUGAGGGGCCGCAGCAAAGCCCACCAUCCAGCAACACAAGCCUGGAGCAGCGGCCCACGACCGCCCCUCCCGUGGAGCCCCAGCCGCCUGCUGAGCCCAGCGUCGCUCCUCCCUGUAGCUCCCCCAGCCAGACCACAGUGCCUCCCCCUGCUGUCCAGGCUACUCUCCAGAGCUCUCCAGGUUCCAUCCAUCCACCAAGUUCACCAACACAGCACUACCAGGCAGCCCAGCCUAGCCCAUCGGGCCCCAGUCCUCCCUCAGGCUCCCCCAGGCCCGGUUCCAGCCAAAGCUCGGCUCCCUCGUCCCCUCAGCGCCCCCCCUCCAGCGAACCUCCUGUGCCUGGUUUUGCCACCAUGAGCCGGAAACUCAUGCUGGGUGCCGACGCCGCUGGGCACCUGCAGUCCUGCUCCUCUUCCCCGCCUCCAGAAGGCCAGUGUACGCCCACCUUCCCCCUGUCUAACAGCUACUACCCAGUCUGCAUCCCGGCUGUGCCUUACACGGGCUACACCAUUCUCCCGGGCUCCGGCCCGGCCCAGCCCCCGCUACCCGAGAAGCGCCGGCUCUCCGCCCUGCCAGCCUCGUCCGACAGCAGGUUCUCCACCCUGAGGCCCCCCUGCAGUACCUCUGGGGUCCAGCCUCCCACUUCGGGGGCCCCACACCAUGUCACCUUCUCUCCAUCAGUUGGGGAGGUGGCGCCCCCUGCAGGAGUAGCUGACGGGCUGCCCGUGUCCACCAGUGAAGCAGAGAAUCGCGUGAGCGUCAAGUUUGUCCAGGACAGCUCCCGAUUCUGGUAUAAGCCCGGCAUCUCCAGGGACCAAGCAAUUGCCGUGCUGAAGGAAAGGGAACCUGGUUCCUUCCUCGUCCGCGACAGCAACUCCUUCCAGGGAGCCUACGGUCUGGCGCUGAAGGUGGCCACCCCACCCCCCAACACCAGCAACCAUGGCAGCAAAGGUGACCCUCUGGAGCAGCUGGUCAGGCAUUUCCUGAUUGAGACCGGUUCCCGGGGGGUGAAGAUCAAGGGCUGCCAGAACGAGCCUUACUUCGGGAGCCUAUCGGCCCUGGUGUAUCAGCACUCCAUCACCCCCAUGUCGCUGCCCUGCACCCUGCGCAUCCCUGAGAAAGAGCUUGUCGGUGAAAUCCAGGAGGUGCAGACGACCAGCAACAUGAGCACAGCAGCUGAUCUGCUGAAACAGGGAGCAGCCUGCAACGUGCUCUACCUGAACUCCGUGGAGACAGAGUCGCUGACGGGGCCCCAGGCCAUCGCUAAAGCCACCGGGGCCACCAUGUCCCAGGAUCCACGGCCCUCUGCCACCGUAGUGCACUUCAAGGUGUCUUCCCAGGGCAUCACCCUCACAGACAACCAGCGCAGAGUGUUUUUCAGGAGACACUAUCCUGUCAAUAGCGUGACCUACAGCAGUGUGGACCCCCAGGACAGGAGGUGGACUAACUCUGACAGCACAACAUCCAAGGUAUUUGGCUUUGUUGCGAAAAAGCAGGGAAGCGUGUCAGAGAACGUGUGCCACCUGUUUGCGGAGCUAGACCCCGAACAGCCCGCCGUCGCCAUCGUCAACUUCAUCAACAAGGUCAUGCUGGGAUCACAACGCAGAUAGUGGCCUGGAGGGGGGGGUGGGGGGUGGUACACUGGCUCAGGAAAUCCCCUUCGAGAGAUGUACCAUUUUUAUUGCUUCUCUCGUUUUUUUUCUCCUUUGCCAUAAUCCUUGUCAGUGUCCUUAUAGGAUAUCAUCAGGCAAAUUUAUUCACUAUUUAUUCACUGUUUGUCUUCCUUUGUAUUCACAUAUUUUUUCUUUCAUGUUUUAUAUCAAAGUGAAACUAGGUAAUAAUCACGUACCAAGCAAUAAAUUUACUUUAGGAAGAGGAUAGAUAUUUUUUAUGUGCUUUCCUCUUCUGGUUUGAGGGAGUGAGAAUGAGACUGAGGCUGUGUGACUAGGGAGAGAACCAUAGCUGAUAUCAGCACUGUCUUUCGACACACUUAUCAGCAUUAUCUGCCAUGCGAGUCAGUUGUUGAUUAACUCUUACCGGGUGUUAUUUUUAGAGUGAUAACAGGAGAACACGGCAUGGGUUUAGUGAUGUCCUGUAAGUAAUUAACAGAAUGAUUAUGCUAUUAUUUCUGGAGGUAAACAAACAAAUCCAGCGUAUGACAGAUUUAGGAUCCAGGCCAAGCGUUUCUGAGAAUGACGUCAAGAAGUAGAUGACUGUUACAGAAGGUAGCUGUGAAUGUAUGUGAGUGUAUUUCUGGUAUCGUAGGGGACGUGAUGGGGACACGGGGGGUGCUUAAGGGACCCAUUACAUCACCAGGGAGCUCCCAAAAGGACUAGUGGUUGCUCAAAGCCAUUUCGGCGAUGUGCCCUGGGAGAUGCGUGAUGGCUCAGUCUUUUCCAAACCCUCUGCGGCUUACUCUCGGUGUCUGUCCAGAGGUAGAGGGCGAGAGCCCAGCUUCGGGUGGCGAGCGUUCUGUCAAAUGCCAGUUCAUGGCUGCUGUCCAAUCAGCUGCAUGUGUCUGCAUGCAGUAGCCAAUCACACUUGAUAUUGUAGUAAUGUCACAUGCAGAUCGCAGGUAAUUGAUUUCCCCACUGCCAUCAUGGCGUAGGCAUUUGCAAACUGAACUUUAGUCAAAACUAGAGAAAGACACAGGAGAAACCUGCCAAAGGCCCUAACCAAAGCUGCUUAAAGAGCGCUCGUGUUUUUCGAUUACAAACCUUUUAUUGGUCAUUUUGUUACAAGCUUCCAUGUGUUUUGCAUAAAUGGGAUGUUUUGUUGUUUAGUGUUUUUAUAAGACAGAUUAUGAAAAAUGUGUAACAGCUUUAAUAUAUUGUGGUCUGUUUUAUCUUUCUUAUUGACCUUUGUAUGUAGUAAUAUAUUUUCUAAAUACAGCUUGAGUAUGUAAGAAAUAAAAAAAAGGAAACAUUUAUAAAAAGAAAUGAAUUUAUAUUAUAUGCUAUUUUUUAAAACGGCAAUGUAUGCAUUAAAUAAAGAAUAUAAAUGUUGUAUCUGAAAUAAACAAUUCCUUAUUUACAUGCA